AUGGAUAGUGAAUUAGGUACAAAGGUGCUCAUCAGCAUCUCGUCCACAGAUCAAUUUGUUCCGGGCACACACGGCAUGCCAGAUUUCCAAGAGAUGUGCAAAAGACGAUUAGGCAGUCGAUCGGUAACAAUUGGUGAUUGUAUCUCUUGGUCGAUCGGAGGAAGACCAAUAAAGGCUUUGAUAAAAGACAUUACUGGAACACAAGACGGCACCAUCAAAAUAGAUAGAAAUGAAACCGAAAUACAAGUUGAAAUAGCUACACACAAACCUACAGACCCAAUUGAAAAAAUAGAUGAAGAAGCAGAAGCUCUUAUUGGCAUAAUUCGAAGCUCUUUUGAAAAUUCGGAUGCAUAUCGAAUACUUGGUAUCCCUGUUGCAAAAUCUAUUCUUUUGCACGGCGUUGCUGGUGUGGGCAAGACAAGACUGACAAGGCAUGCAAGCCAAGUUUUGCAGAGUAGUUUGUUUGAUAUAUCGAUCCAUGAAGUACUUGCCCUUUCUGAAGAAUUUGAGAAUAAGGAAUUCAAGCUUUAUAAUCCAAUACAUCUUAUCAUCGAACAAGCAAAGAUCAGAACGCCAUCAAUUGUCAUUAUACGUGAUCUGAAUGCAUUGGUUAAUGCUAGUGAAGAUUCCACAAAGGUCUUGAAUAUCAUCAGCCAGGAAAUCAAAGGAAUAUCUUCUAAUGAGCAAGUGUGUGUUGUUGGAAUGGCUAGAGAACUACGACUACUUCCGGAAGCACUUCAGAAAACAGACAUAUUUCAGCAGCAUUUCACUCUUUCUAUUCCAUCCAUGCCACAAAGAAAAUUAAUUGCGGAAAAUAUACUGCAAGAUUUUGAGCUAGACUCCCAGUUGAGUAAAGUGGAGGCUGUGAACUACUAUGCGACCCAAAUUAGUAUGCGUACUUCUGGUUAUGUUGCCUUGGAUUUGAAGAGAUUGUGUAAAAGGGCUUUAUUAAAAUCACUGCGAAGAAACAGAUUGGAGUCUGAUGAUUUGGCAGGAGAAUUGGCUCAACUUAGCCUGGUACCUGAGAGUAAAAAAAGACCAGUUGAAUGGUCUGACUUUGAGUACGCACUUUCUACUUAUCGCCCCUCACAACAAAUAGAAGUCGAGGCUUCUUUACCAAAAAGAGAUUGGAAGGAAAUUGGAGGUUGUGAGAAGAUUAAGCAAAAGAUCACACAGGCAACUUUGUUACCCUUGUUACAGCCAGAGAUCUUUACACGACUGGGUGUUAAACCACCAUCUGGAUUACUUCUUUAUGGUCCUUCAGGAUGUGGUAAGACAGCAAUGGUUCAAGCUUUGGCUUCAGAAUCAAUGAUGAACGUUAUAUCCAUCAAGGGACCAGAGAUAUUUUCAAAAUAUCUUGGAGAAACAGAAAGCAAGGUUAGAAAACUAUUUGCAACAGCAAAACGCAUUGCGCCCUGUAUUAUGUUCAUUGAUGAGAUGGAUGCUAUUGGAACACGACGAGGAUGGGAUACAAGCGAUAGUGGAGGUGGCGUCAAUGAACGUGUACUCAGUACACUCUUGAAUGAAAUGGAUGGUGUAGAAGGUCGUCAAGGAGUUAUUGUCAUUGGCUGUACCAAUAGACCAGACCAGAUUGACGAUGCAAUCCUUAGACCAGGGCGCCUGGAUCAGCUUAUCUACGUUGGACUGCCUACAAUGGAAGAAAGACUGGAUAUUGUUAUGAUUCUUUCAAAGAAAAUGGUUGUAUCUCCAACGGUUGACCUCCAAUCCCUGGCUCAACAGACAGAGUACUGUAAUGGUGCUGACUUGGAGAACAUGUUCCGUGGGGCUGGAAUACUUGCCCUGCGACAAGACCUGAAUGCGAAUGCCAUAGAAGACAAGCAUUUACAGCAAAUAUUAGAGACAGUGUGCAAAAGGGCCAAGCACCAGGUGUUGGAACAAGAUAGCUUAGCGAUUUAUGAAAAGUUUAGAAAUGACCAUAGUGUGUAA